UCAACGUAGUCACAUAAAUUUCGCAUGAUUGUUGCCCCCGCACAAUAUUAAACCGGACAGGUUCGGGAUCUAUAAUGUGUGUUACUUUUUCUUCGACUCCACAUACAAUAUACAACACACACUAUGGCACUUGGUGCAGUAGUAAAGCAAGCAGCAGCUAAUUCAGCAAAGCAAACAUCUAAUGCCAGCUCUCGUUUACGUCUGCGGAAAGCAGCAUUGACUCUGACCCCGUCAGCAGUGACACGAUUGAGGCGAUUGACCGAUGGACCUACGCCUCAAUAUCUUCGAGUAGGUGUCAGACAGAAAGGCUGCUCUGGCAACUCUUAUAUUCUGGAGUUUACCGAUUCAAAAGGAAAAUUCGACGAAAUUGUGCAGCAAGACGGUGUUACCGUACUGGUAGACUCGAAAGCACUCAUUACGGUUCUUGGAUCGGAAAUGGAUUACGUUGAAGACAAACUCUCUUCCCAAUUCGUUUUCCACAACCCUAAUGCCAAAGGUGUUUGCGGAUGCGGCGAAUCUUUUGCCGUUUAAACGAAAAACCGAUUGCAUACCAGCACAUAUUACAUCGACCAGCAACGCAAAUUACAAUAUAAAACGCAACGAUAUACACACACGACUCCCGAUAAACAUAACGCAUAGCAAACUGGACGAUACGCAUUAUAGAUAGCUCUUAAUUCUUGCCUUUUUCUUUUUUUUCGCACUCUCAUGGACACAUGCCUUGUUCGAGAAAAGAGCGCAUCAUUGAUACUACCACCCUCCUCCCCCUUUUUUUUCUCCCUCAUCUGUUUGCCCGUGAUGUACACAGAAGCAACACAAGCGCAUCACAUAUCAUUGGAUGUAUUAUUUAAGCUACAGCAAAAGAAGGAGAAAAGCCAGAUUGUAUUAUAAACUAAAAUAUACUAUAAAUUUUGUAAAACAGGGA